AUGGAUGGCAUGGAGGAGAACAUUUUCGAACACAACGCGACCUUGGCGGUAGGGUCUGAAUCGAAUACGACUACCAUUGCUGUAUCCUCAUCGCUCUCUCCAGAACAGGAAGCAGUCGUUGCCUUUUUGCCAAUUCUGCCAUCCCUGCUCAGCAUAGCUGGAUCCGUCUGCAUUAUUCGGCUGGUACAUCGCAAGAAGUAUCGUGCACCCUAUCGGAGAUUACUCUUUGGACUGAGUGCAUACGAUGUAUUUUCUUCUCUUUUUGUGCCACUUCAGUCCUUUCUUGUGGACAAAGAGACCAGUCGGCGGCGUUUCGCCGUGGGCAAUGAAGCGACCUGCAACUUUUUGGGUUGGGGAUUUCAAGCCAGCUGCGGAUGCUUCUUAUACUUCGGUGCCUUAAGCACGUAUUACUUGAUGGUGGUUCGAUUUGGUGUCAAGGAUGAAUAUUUUGCUAGAAGAAUAGAACCUUUUAUGCAUGGGUUCAUCAUAUUAUAUUCACUCGGUACCGCCUUUGCCGCCUUGGGGGAAAACUUGUAUGGGGAACAAGAAAUCGGUGCUGGCUGCCAUUUGGCACCCAACGAAUCGUGUGAUUCCGCAUGCAUCGCCAAUUUGGCACUCAUACUAAUUGGAAUCCCCUACGUGUUCAUAUUGGUCUUGGUGCUAGCCAACAAUCUCACCAUCUAUUGCUAUGUCCGACGGACUGUGCGACAGUACGUGAAAAACAGUCAAGACCGAGCCGAGCAGAAUUUAUCCUCCGGUCUUGUUGCGGACCCUAACGUUGCCAGCAAUAGGGAUGGCUCUGUGGACUUGGACAAGCCUAUAGAGGAGACUGCCGCUGUUUCGUCCAAAGUGAAAACAAAAAUUGCCGAGGUGGAAAACCAACAGAAGCAAGUCCAGUUGGUUCGUACCCAAUCGAUUCUUUACUCUGCUGCUUUCAUCUUGGCAUACAUGUGGACGCUGAUUCUACGAGCCGCUAUCAGCUACACAGAAGGCGAACCUGGACCAGAAAUGGAAGCGGAUUUGUAUCUGUUCAUGGUGUUCCGAGCCAUCUUUACUCCUUCUAUGGGAUUUUGGAGUUUCUUCAUCUACAUCAGACCUCGGUAUUUGCAGCUGCGAAGACAAACGAAAGAAUCUAGACUUCAGACUCUUGUUCGAGUCAUGCAAGACGAUGAUAUACGAUCGAUCAGAUCUUCGCUGAAUAACAGAGGAAGUGCGUAUCAUUCCAAUAAAGACAGCCGAUAUUCUGAAAGCCGACGUUCUGAAACUCGGUAA